AUGACGGCGUCGAGCACCAUGGCCUCAGCUGCUACUAUCGACCAGAAGAUGGCCUUGCUGAGCACGGACGAGGCGCAGAUCCCCGUCUGGCGGCACUUCUUCGCGUUCACCGACGUGCCCCGCCCGAGCGGCCACGAGGAGCGCGUCGUCCAGAUGCUGAAGGACUUUGCUGACCAGCGCGGGCUGGUGUGGAAGCAGGACGCGAUCGGAAACAUCGUGAUCAAGCGGCCAGGGAGCGGGGGCGGCGAGUCCGCGCCGUCCGUGGUCAUUCAGAACCACGUCGACAUGGUGACGGAGGCGAACUCGGACUCGACGCACGACUUUAUGAAGGACCCUAUCAAGCUGCUGCGAGAUGGCGACUGGAUCCAUGCCGAUGGCACCACGCUGGGCGCCGACAACGGAGUGGGCGCGGCAACGGCGCUCGCGCUGCUCGACAUGCCGAAGGACGCGAAGCUGCCUCCGAUCGAGGGCCUGUUCACCAUCGACGAGGAGCGCGGGCUGACCGGGGCGUUUGAGCUCGACCCGUCGCUGAUCGAGGGGCGGAUGCUGCUGAACCUGGACACGGAGGACUGGGGCGUGAUCUUCAUCGGCUGCGCGGGCGGCGGCGACUCGAAGAUCACGUUGCCUGUGACGCGCACGGCGCUGCCGUCUGGCGCCAAGUGCUGCGAGGUCGCGGUGACGGGCCUGCUCGGCGGGCACUCGGGCCUGAACAUCCACGAGGGCCGGGGCAACGCGGUGCAGAUGCUCGCGGAGGUCCUCGCCGCGAUCUCCAGGACGGACGGAAACAUGCGCGUCGCGUCGGUCGACGGCGGCGACAAGCGCAACGCCAUCGCCCGCGAGGCCCGCGCCGUGAUCGCGGUGGAAGACCCCGCAGCGGCCGCCAAGGUCGCGGAGAAGUGCAUGAAGGACUUCCGGCUCGAGUACGGCACGCUGGAGGCGGGUCUGUCCAUCGCGGCGACCGAGGUGCCGGCGCCAGACGUCCCCGCGCUGGACGUGGCGUCGACGGGCAAGAUGCUCGCGCUGCUCCGCACGCUCCCGCACGGCGUCGCGAAGAUGUCGCACUCCCUCCCGAACCUGGUGGAGACGUCAAACAACGUGGCCGCGGUCAAGGAGGACGCGCCGGGGGGAUCGUCCCUGAUCGUCACGUGCGCGACGCGGUCCUCCGUUGGGCCGGCGCUCGAGACGCUCCGCGGGAAGAUCAAGGCGAUCGCGGAGCUCUGCGGCGCCGAGUGCGUGCAGGAGGACGCCUACCCCGGGUGGCAGCCCAACCCCAACUCCACGCUGCUGAGCCUCGCCAAGUCGCAGUACCAGGAGCUCCUGGGGCGCGAGCCGGGCGUCGAGGCCAUCCACGCGGGGCUGGAGUGCGGCAUCAUCGGCGAGAAGAUCCCCGGCAUCGAAAUGAUCUCGAUGGGGCCCAGCAUCACGGGCGCGCACUCGCCGGACGAGCGCGUGUGCGUGCCGACGGUCAAGCCGUUCUGGGACGUGACGCUCAAGCUGCUUGAGAAGCUGGCGGACGUCAAGGCGUAA